AUGUCCUCCACAGACCGUGAUGCUGAGACUCCUGCGGCUCCUCCGUCCUACGAUACCGAGGAUGUCACCCAAAGUGUCGUCCUGAACGAAAAGGCCAUGGACGCCGAUUUCGACAAGGAGAACCUAGUCACCGCUGAUGGUGGCGAACCUACGCUCUCGGAGAAGACUUCCUUGCGCCAUGUCGCCGAGAACUUGCCCCUCUCCGCCUGGUUGGUGGCUGUCGUCGAGCUCUGCGAGCGUUUCACAUACUAUGGCAUGUCUGGUCUGUUCCAGAACUACAUUCAGCGACCUCGCGAUGGUAGCCAGGGACGUGGUGCCCUCGGUAUGGAUCACCAAGGUGCCACCGGUCUUACCACCUUCUUCCAGUUCUGGUGUUAUGUUACCCCUAUUAUCGGUGCCAUCAUCGCCGAUCAGUACCUCGGCAAGUAUAAGACCAUUGUGGUGUUCUGUAUCAUCUACAUGGUUGGUCUGCUCAUCCUGGUCUGUACCUCCAUCCCCACUGCCCUGGAACACGGCUCGGGUAUCGGUGGUUUCAUUGUCGCCAUCUUGAUCAUUGGUCUGGGUACCGGUGGUAUCAAGAGUAACGUGGCUCCUUUGAUUGCGGAUCAGUACAAGCGGAAGAAGAUGGCCGUUUCCACCACCAAGAAGGGCGAGCGUGUCAUUAUCGACCCCGCCCUGACCAUCCAGCGUAUUUACAUGAUCUUCUACGGAUGUAUCAACGUCGGCUCGCUGUCCCUGCUCGCCACUCCCUACAUGGAACUAUACAUCGAUUUCUGGCCCGCCUACCUUCUCUGUCUCUGCAUGUUCAUGGUCGGUACCCUGGUGAUCGUCCUCGGCCGCAAGCACUACGUCGUUCGCCCACCCCAGGGCUCCAUCAUCACGGACGCGUUCCGUGCUAUCUGGAUGAUGAUCAAGAACCGCAACAUGGAUGCCCCCAAGCCCUCAUGGCAGACCGAGCGCAAUGGUGCGUCCGCUGUCACCUGGGACGACCACUUUAUCGAUGAGCUGAAGCGCGCCCUGGUCGCCUGCCGCGUGUUCGCCUUCUACCCGAUCUACUGGGUCGUCUACGGACAAUUCUCCAGCAACUUCGUCACCCAAGCCGGUCAGAUGGAGGGCCACGGCAUCCCCAACGAUCUGAUGCAGAACUUUGACCCCAUCUCCAUCAUCGUGUUCAUCCCCAUCCUCGAAACCUGCGUCUACCCCGUGAUGCGCCGCAUGAAGAUCCCCUUCCGCCCUAUCACCCGUAUCGCCCUUGGUUUCGUCGUCGGCUCGCUUGCCAUGAUGUACGCCGCUAUCGUGCAACACUUGAUCUACACCGCCGGACCCUGCUACGAGUCCCCUCUGUGCGAGGCCUCCAUGAUCGACGGAAUUGCCCAGGGAAACAAGGUGCACAUCGCCAUCCAAACCCCGGCCUACGUCUUCAUGGGUGUGUCUGAGAUUUUCGCCUCCGUCUCCGGUCUCGAGUACGCCUACACCAAGGCGCCGCCCAGCAUGAAGUCCUUUGUGCAGGCCAUGUACCUUCUCACGAACGCAUUCGGAUCCGCUAUCGCCGAAGCUCUCACUCCCGCCGCCUUUGAUCCCGCCAUCUUGUGGAUGUUCACCGGCCUUGCCUGUGCAUCCUGCCUGUGUGGAAUCAUCUUCUACGCCAUCUUCCACCACCUGAACGCCCAGGAAGAUGACAUGAAUGCUCUCGAUGCCGAUGACUACAUGCCCGAGGCUCCGGUCGACGCGGAACGACACCAGUCCAAGUCCGAGUAA